AUGGCGAGCAAGUCGUUCAACGUCGGCGUCAUCGGCUACGGCGAGGGGCAACGAAGCAUGUCGGCCAAGAUCUUCCACAUCCCCUUCAUCGCGACGACGCCGCAGCUCAAGCUUCACAGCAUCGUGCAGCGAACCCCGCGAGACGGCAACUCGGCGCCGCAGGACCACCCGUCGGCCAGGCACUACACCGACGCCAAGCAGCUGCUCGCAGACGGCGAGGUGGACGUGGUGGUGGUGACGACGCCGCCCGACACGCACUUUGCGCUCACCAAGGCGGCGCUCGAGGCGGGCAAGCACGUCCUCACCGAGAAGCCGUUUGUGCCCACAGCUGCCGAGGCCGAGCAGCUCAUGGCCCUGGCCCGGCAGCGCGGGCGCCUCGUGUGCGUGUACCAGAACCGGCGGUGGGACACGGACUUCCUGGUCGUCAAGCACCUCGUGGCCCACGACGUGGUCGGGCGCGUCGUCGAGCUCGACUCGCACUUUGACCGGUACCGCGCCGCGCCGCCGACCAACUGGAAGGGCGCGCUGGGCAUCCCCUCGGGCGGCAGCGCGCUGUUCGACCUGGGCGCCCACCUCGUCGACCAGGCCUACGUGCUGUUCGGCAUGCCGCGCGCCGUCCACGGCCGCCUGCUGGCCCAGCGCUCCGGCGCCGCCGACCUGUUCAACCCGGACGCCGUCGCCGCCGAGCUGACCUACCCGGACGGCAAGCUGGUCCACGUCCGCAUCAGCUCCCUCAGCGCCGAGACCGACCAGCCGCGCUUCUGGCUGCGCGGCGCCCGGGGCAGCUUCCGCAAGCGCGGCCUCGACCCCCAGGAGGACCGCCUCAAGGCCGGCGUCGCGCCCUCCGCGCCCGGCUUUGGCCGCGAGGACCCGGACUCGAUGCGCCUCGUCCUCGUCGGCGAAGACGGCGCCCCCCGCGAGGCCAAGGUGCCCGACCUCGAGCCCGAGACCUACGCCGCCUUCUAUGCCGCCUUUGGGAGGGCCCUCGAGACCGGCCGCGACGAGGACCUCCCCGUCAAGCCUUCCGAGGCGCGGGACGUGCUGCGCAUCCUCGAGGCCGUGGUGGAGAGCGCAAAGACUGGCAGGGACGUGGUAUUUGCUUGA